AUGUAUACUUGUCCAGGGAUGCCUUGCAUUGUAAUUAGAGUGCGACUGAUUUUGGCUGGGGAGUGGGAUGCCCAGUCUGGGCUGCACGCGAGAUCCAGAAACUAUGUUUCAGAAUCUGAAGUGUGCAAACUGGAAUCGGUACCCUUGGAUUUUGGUGAUUACCACCCACUCAAACCCAUUACAGUUACUGAAUCCAAGACCAAGAAACUGAACCGGAAAGGAAGUACUUCUUCCACGUCUUCUUCUUCUUCUAGUUCUAUGAUGGAUCCAUUGAGCAGUGUAUUGGAUGGUACCGAUCCCUUGUCAUUAUUUGCAGCAGCUGCAGACCCUGUGACAACUACUGCUACCAUGGAUAGUACACGAAAGAAACGGGAUAAAGAUGACAGCUCAGCAGUAGGAAGUGACUUUGAACCGUGGUCAAGCAAACGUGGUGAAAUCCUUGCUAGAUACACAACAACAGAGAAGCUCUCUAUUAAUCUCUACAUGGGAUCUGAAAAAGGAAAAGCUACAACUACUGGCUCAGCAGUUUCUGAAAAAGUGAGGACAAGGUUGGAAGAAUUGGAUGAUCUGGAAGAGGGGUCACAGAAAGAGCUGUUGAAUUUGACUCAGCAGGAUUACAUGAACCGAAUUGAAGAACUGAACCAGUCUUUAAAGGAUGCUUGGUCCUCUGAUCAGAAAGUAAAAGCUCUGAAAAUAGUCAUCCAGUGUUCUAAGCUUCUUUCAGACACAACAGUAAUCCAGUUUUAUCCAAGUAAAUUUGUUUUAAUUACAGAUAUCCUUGAUACUUUUGGGAAACUAGUGUAUGAAAGAAUUUUGUCAAUGUGCGUGGACAGUCGUGUCUCUUUGCCAGAUAAUUUUUCUCCAGAGAGUGUUAAUGAUACGGCAAAAGAAACUUGCUUAAACUGGUUUUUCAAGAUUGCUUCCAUCAGAGAACUCAUUCCCAGAUUUUACGUGGAAGCAGCAAUACUGAAGUGCAAUAAGUUCUUAUCCAAAACCGGGAUUUCGGAAUGUCUCCCACGGUUAACAUCUAUGAUUAGAGGAAUUGGAGAUCCACUGGUUGCAGUCUAUGCAAGAGCGUACCUUUGCAGGGUUGGGAUGGAAGUGGCACCACAACUCAAAGAAAGCCUUAACAAAAAUUUCUUUGACUUUCUUCUAACCUUUAAACAAAUUCAUGGGGAUACGGUUCAGAAUCAGCUGGUAGUACAGUGUGUGGAGAUUCCUUUGUAUUUGACUCUAUAUUCUCCUGCUAUAGACUGGAUUUUGCAGUGUGUUGCAUACCGUGCUCCUGAAGUUCUGCUUACUGAGAUGAUGGAGAGAUGCAAAAAAUUGGGAAACAAUGCUUUGCUGUUGAAUUCUGUAAUGUCAGCAUUCAGAGCAGAGUUCAUUGCUGCAAGAUCUAUGGACUUCAUUGGCAUGAUUAAGGAGUGCGAUGAAUCUGGAUUCCCAAAGCAUCUUCUCUUUCGCUCUUUGGGAUUAAACUUGGCCUUGGCUGAUCCUCCUGAAAAUGAUCGCCUUCAAAUAUUAAAUGAAGCCUGGAAGGUUAUAACAAAGCUGAAGAACCCACAGGAUUAUAUCAACUGUGCUGAAGUGUGGGUGGAGUAUACAUGCAGACAUUUUACGAAGCGAGAGGUCAAUACCGUUUUGGCUGAUGUUAUCAAACACAUGACUCCUGAUCGAGCAUUUGAAGAUGCUUACCCACAGCUACAGUCAAUUAUUCAGAAAGUUAUUACCUACAUCUAUGACUUCUCUCUGCUUUUUUCAGUGGAGAAAUUCUUGCCAUUUCUGGACAUGUUCCAGAAGGAAAGUGUGAGAGUGGAGGUUUGCAAGUGCAUUAUGGAAUCUUUUAUUAAGUAACAGGAUUUUUCAUCACUUUUUCUAAAACGUUUUAUAGGCAUCACUACAAAGGAUCCUGUUAUACUCAAUGCUCUUCUGCAUAUCUGCAAGACGAUGCACGAUUCUGUGAA